UUUGCUUUUUUUGACCCCACCCGCGGGCGUCCCGCGUUGCCGCUACUUUGUCCGCCUCGGGACCCUCCCGGGCUGCCGCGCUCACACGUGCACGUGGAUAUCAGGGGCGGUGGGGAGUGAAGUUUUCCCUUCUUGGCCUGCCUGCAUAGAGUGGCUGGUCUGCAAAGCCACUCCAGAGCAACACAGCUACCUGGUAAGGAAUGGAGAUUGGAACUCUUUACAGGAAGCGCAAAACAGUUGAAAAAGAAACAGUGCAGAAGAAGAAAAGAAAUGAGGAAGAAAAUAGUAUCUCCUGUUCAGACUCACCAGCAGAAUAUGAAUGCAUCAUGAAUGGUUUGGAAUUUGUUAUUCAUUCUUAUGAUAUUGGGUUGUACGUGAACUCAUCCACUCCUCUCACAGAUGAACUGAAGUAUAACCUUCUUGUGAAUACCUUCACACCACCUCAUGACUAUAAUUUCAAGGGAGAUUCAACAGGAAUACGCAGCUUUCGCCACAUAUGGUUAAUUAGAUACUCGCCCUGGCUGUGCUACUCUUCCUAUUUGAAAGGACCAUUCUGUAAAUACUGCAUUGUCUUCCCACAGCCUGAUCUUUGUGGGAGGCAGGGAGGCUUCAUCAUGGUGCCCUUUGUGAGGUACAACGAUUUUCAUGUCUGCGCUAAAAAACACAUGUCCAGCGCAUGGCACAAGAGUGCCGAAGUCGAUGCAACUAACUUCUUAACCAGCAUGAACGUCUUCGAAACAAACUUUGCUUGCCAGCUUGACAGCAGCAUUAACCGGAUAGUCAAUGAAAAUCGCAAAAAACUGCAGUCGAUCUUGUCAACCAUCAUAUUUUGUGGCACCCAUGACAUUCCUUUACACGGGGAAACAAGAAAAACGGGGAACAUGCAGAGCCUCUUGGCGUUUCGCGUCGAGGCUGGAGAUGUGACCCUAAGAGAACAUCUAGAAAAUGAGACUGGCAAUGCUCAGGACACGUCCAUCCAGAUAGAAAAUGAAUUGAUUAAGUUGUGUGUGGAUGCCAUCAGAGAAGAGAUAGUUUCUGCCGCCAAUGGCUCUGCUGGUUUCUCAGUUCUUGUGGGCGAAAGCGCCAAGAUUUCUGGGGAGGACCAUUUGUCACUCGGCAUACGUUUUGUGGACACGACUGGCGCUAAACCUCAAGUUCGAGAGGAAUUCCUUGGUUUUGCAGCACCGAAGGGAUGGGACGCUACCUGCGCUGCUGAAACCAUCAUUGAGGAGUGCACCAAGUAUGGUUUAAAUCUUGAAAAAUUAUGUGGCCAAGGGUACGACGGGUGCUCUAAAUUGGCCGGGAGAGAGGGUGAUGUGCAGGCUAAAAUAAAAAGCAGGUACCCCAAGGCUACUUUUGUCCACUGCGUGGCGCACACACUCAACCUGGUUGUGAAUGACUUAAACGCUGUACCCGAGAUAAGGAAUGCGGUGGGCACAAUCAAAGCUAUCCUUUGCUUUUUCCUUGAGAAUCUGAGGAGAGGAAACCUUAGUCCAGCAGUUCUAUCGCUGGAUGAAGCACUUCGGACUGCAAAAUACAAGCACGUCAGAUUUUUUUCCAAGAAUUUUGUACAGAUCUUUGAUCAGUUAAGAAACCUGGCCGCUACUUCAGGUCAAAUCUGCCAGGAUGCGUAUCAAUUAUACUGUGCUUCAGGAACACCUAAUUUUCUCGUUUGCCUUGUUAUCAUGUCAAACUAUUGCAGUAAGUUAGAGUCAGUGACCCAAGCUCUGCAGACUGUCCAGCUUGACAUGAUGAAAGUGUACGAACACAUCCAGGAGCUCUUAACCGUCUUUCGUGGCCACAGAGAAAAAGCAGAGGAGCACUUCAAGGGAAUUUUUUCGGAAGUUCAAGAACUAGCGGACAAGUUGGAUAUUGACUUACAUAUUCCCAGACGGAGCGACUUGCAAAGGAACUCAAAUGCCAUUGUCCCAACUGAGGAAGAAUAUUUCCGCCAGUCACUCUAUAUACCCUACUUGAACUCGAUAAUCUCAUGGCUGGAAAGCCGGUUUGGUCCAGAAAGCAAGGUGGUUUUUGGAAUCUUUUCGCUUCAUCCCAAAAACAUGGCUAACAUUGGCCUUGAGACAUUGAAAGCGAAGAUGGAAAAAAUAAGUGAAUUAUGUGAAAUUGAAAAUCUGGAAACUGAAACAAUCACCUGGUAUGAAAAAUGGUUGGGGAAGAAGGAAGAAAGGAUUGAAAAUGGGAAGAAUGGACUUCUGGAUUUGCUGCAAUACGUUGACCAAUAUCCUUCAAUUCAACAAACCAUUUCCAUUGCUCUGGCAUUGCCAGUAACAACUUGUACAAUGGAAAAAUCAUUCAGUACAAUGAGAAGGGUAGAAACAUUGUUGAAGUCAACACUGGUAGAUGACCAAUUGUCUGGACUUUGCAUGAUAAGUGCUCAUCGGAUAAAAAUUAAUGAAAAUAAGGACAUCUUACUCCAAAAAGUGAUUGACAGAUUUGGAGAAGAUAACAAACAUUUACAAUUUGUCUUUGAAAAAUAACUGGUUGACUAUUUUCUAAUUAUUUUUAUAAAGAGGGAUGAAUAUAAGGAGGUAUAAAAAGACUAAAAUGCAAGUGGCAGAAUUACAGAAGGAAAUUAAACAAAUCCAGAAUAUAAUAAAGAUGAUUAUGUUCCAGUAUAUAAUUAGAGACUUACAAUAUAAAAUAUAUCAUCCAUUUUCUAAACACGUAAUAUCUGUAUUGAAGUGUAAACUGAAAAUGCUUGAUUAAUAGAGUGUACAUCAUUAGGAAAAAGUAUAAACAACAUUAAGUCAAAAGUUUUCCGUCAAAUAUUAACAUAUAAAGUGUCUAUAUAAGAAAAUCUAAUGUUUCCAUAUUGUCUACUCAUACAUUUUCUAAUUUGGGAAUGGAAGUGUUGAUUUAGUGUUAAUUCUAAUUAUGCUGGAUUGAUGCUGGUCUAUAAGCAUAACACAUUUUAAUGGAUUGUACUUUUAUGUCCUUUUUAGAGUACUGCAGUGAAAUUACAUCCAUGUUUCCUGAGAAAUAAACUCUAUUGAAUUCAAUAGGAUUUAUUUCCAACUGAUUACAAUAGCUGUCUAAAGGGUUGGGCUGUCUCAUGACUUAGUUUGAAUUUUUCCUGUGAGUCUGCUCUAAGGAGAAUUAACUUUGAAUGCGUCUAUUAGUUGCUUUUUAACAAUAGAUUAAACAGAUUAGUGUCUGUUUUGCUGGGGGGGGGCGGGAACAUAUGUUAGCUAAAAUAACUUAAAUGUAGUGGUCAAUAUCUGGUGUAUUUUUUGAAAUUAUCUGUGUUCAUAAGGAGUGGGUUUGAGCAUGUUCAAGAUCCUUUUGAGUACUGGGAUUGCAGCCUUUUCUCUUUUUUUUAAUCCAACCUCAUUUUCUCCGAAUUAAAAGGCAAAGGGUUUCAAACGGGAGUGCCCAAAACUACCCUUGGCUUUUCAAACAGAGCUUUGUGAAAAAAUGAAAGCCAUUCAGACAAAAAGAGACUCUUUUCCUGUAUUAUGAAUAUUCUAUAUUCUUAUGUGUGCCCUGAGGAUAUCAUAUGCAGAUUGCAAAAAAAAAAAAAAAAAAUCCAGGCCACCCACAGAUGGCAAGAAAGCUAUGGAGAACUUCGUCUGAUUAUUGAGGUGGCCAUUCAGACUUUUGCAACCAACCUCAUAGCCUUAAAUGUACAGGAAACCACUUCUGCCUGCAUGUGCUCCUCCCUUUUUCUUUCUUACAGUAAGCCAAAUACAAUUCAUUUUAUUUGGAUAUUACUGUGGUGGAUUAUGUGACUCAUCACGGGGAACGCUGUA